UUUAUAAUAAUUUCCGCCAUUACGUUCCGCCAUUUUGCUUGGUCGCGGAGUGAACGUAAAAUUUAUUCUCAUGUAUUUUAUCGUGGAUAACUAUUAGUUAGUCUAGAAUUAGUGUUUCAACAAACACUAAUGGCUUGCUUAAAUACACUUAAGUUAGAAAUCAAAACAUUAGAACAAGUGUUUCCAAAAAACCAUGAACGGUUUCAGAUAAUGUCAGCCAGUGUCGACGAACUGACCUGCAGAUUCGUUGGCAAAAAUGGAAAGAAAUAUGAAAUACAUGCAAACAUAACUGAGACAUACCCAAACACACCGCCAGUAUGGUUUGCUGACAGCGAGGAUCCCAUAGUUACAAAUGCUGUCCAGAUCCUGACAAAUACACAAGGCAGAGAUAACCAUGUUAUAAACCAGGUUGGUAUACUGUUGAGAGAACUAUGCAAGUUACACGGUGUACCAGAACCUCCAGAUUUGGAUUCCUUGUCACUUCCAGUGCAUCCAGCGCCACAGCAGAGAGUUCCAAGUGUGACGUCAAACGGCGCAGAAUCCGGCACAGAAGAGGACGAGGAGAUGGCGGCUGAGGAGGAUGAAUCUGAGGGUGAAGACGACUUGCCACUAGAAAUGGUCGACGACGCUGGACGGAGCAACAAAGACGACAUGGAAACAGAACAUUUAGCGACACUUGAGCGGCUGCGGCAGAACCAACGAGCGGACUACCUGUCGGGCAGCGUGUCGGGCAGCCUGCAAGCCACAGACAGACUCAUGAAGGAGCUACGGGACAUAUACCGCUCAUGCUCCUUCAAGAACAAUAUGUAUUCUAUUGAGUUAGUAAACGAUUCCUUAUAUGAGUGGAACAUAAGGCUCCGCUCGGUGGACCCUGACAGUCCGCUACACAACGACUUAUUAGUCCUCAAAGAGAAAGAGGGCAAGGACUCAAUACUCCUCAAUAUCAUGUUCAAAGAGACUUACCCCUUCGAACCGCCCUUCGUUAGGGUCGUGUACCCGAUUAUAUCAGGAGGCUACGUGCUAGUAGGCGGCGCGAUAUGCAUGGAGCUGCUGACGAAGCAGGGCUGGUCGUCGGCGUACACGGUGGAGGCGGUGAUCAUGCAGAUCGCGGCCACGCUGGUGAAGGGCAAGGCGCGCAUACAGUUCGGCGCCACCAAGGUGGUGUCCCAGUCGCAGUACUCCCUCGCCCGCGCGCAGCAGAGCUUCAAGUGCCUCGUGCAGAUACACGAGAAGAAUGGAUGGUUCACACCGCCGAAGGAGGACGGCUAAUGCAGGCCGCCUCCCUGCCGUUACAUUUAAGACUAAACGUGUGACAGUAACGCCCAAACAAACAAACAACCACUCCAAAUUUUACAAGUGACUAUGAGUUUGCGUGAAACUUUGCAUUAUGAUUCCAUUAUGAUGUUUUUAUUAUUGAGACGCAAUUAUGUAUGUGUUAAGUAUGACUGGAGACUAUGUCGAUAACUCGAGUAUUCUACGUGUACUUUAAUCGUUAAGUGCUGUUCUAAGAUGUGCGGGCGUUCGCGAGAGACUAUACAAGACUUAUAGGAAAUGUUUAACUGUGUAACGUUUUUGUAAUCAUUAAUUUCUCAGAAAGUUAUCCAUAUGGUAGCCUUAGACGUUACUGGAGUGUAAAGUUGAAAAAAAUUCUUUGCAUUUCUUUUUAGUUAUUGAAAUAAAAAACCUGUGAUUCUUA